AUGCGGGAAGUCGGCGCUCUGCCGCCACUCGCCAACGCUCGGGCUGGCGGGUCAACGGACGCAGCCUUGCUGGAGAUUGAAGAGGUGCUCGGCAUGCGCUACUGUGACCCGAGCCAGAUGACUGCGGUGGCGCUGAGGAACCCUGUCGAUGAAGACGACGAGCGCUUGGAGUACCUUGUCUCUGGCAGGAUUGGCAGUGGUCCCGACGACCGCGGCUUCCACUCCGUAGCUUGGGUUUUUGAUGGCGAUCUCUUGGACCAUGUAGAUGCGGAGGAGGUCAAGUCAGCGAUGCACGCGUACAAAAAUCGGAUGGACAAGGAGUUCGCAGCGCUGGCGGAUGCAUGCGACGCUGACAUGUAG